AAUAAUAGGAGGCAUAAUCUAGUUAUAGCCUGGGUAUAAUCAUGAUUCAAGCAACAUAAUGAUUACAUCACUGCCUUGGUGGGAUUAGUAGAAGAUGAAGAGGAGGUACUAAGCUAACAUUGGAGACCCCAGAAGAGGUGUACAUGCUUUAGUUCAAUGCCCCGCCAAAAAGUUGCCAGACAUAGAUCACCGCGGUGAGCUUGAUUAGCUUCAUGCUUGCGACAUACACUCUGGGAGUAUCUUGAAUACGGGGAAAGGGCUUGCUCGCUCACUGACUCAGCACGCAAUGGCGACCAAUGUCUCCCUUGAGACCUCAAUGGGCACAAUAAUCAUUGAGCUCUACAACAACCAUGCGCCGCAAACCUGCAAAAACUUCAGCACUCUCGCUUCACGGGGCUACUUCAACGAUGUGAUCUUCCACCGCAUCAUCCCCUCGUUCAUGAUCCAGGGCGGCGACCCCACGGGGACAGGCAGGGGCGGCACCUCCAUCUACGGCGAGAAGUUUGCCGACGAGAUCUCGCCCGAGCUACGUCAUACGGGCGCCGGCGUGCUGAGCAUGGCGAAUGCCGGGCCCAACACCAACGGCUCACAGUUCUUCAUCACGCUUGCGCCGACGCCGUGGCUAGAUGGGAAGCACACCAUCUUCGGACGCGUCAAGAGCGGUAUGGGAGUCGUGAAGCGCAUGGGUCUCGUCAAGACAGAUGGCGAAGAUCGCCCUGUCGACGAGGUCAAGAUCAUUCGCGCCAAGGUGCUUGAUGACGAUGAUGGUGCUUAGAAAAUACGACCUAUGAGGGGUGGUUGGACCAUUGGAGCCGCCCACAGGAAAUCGUCACGUUCCGUCAGUGCUAAUGCACGAUUCUCUACUUUCAGUUCACUGUUGGUUGCAUGGAUUGGCGUUAUGGCGUGUAGAAUAUCGGCCAAAGGUGCUUUACCAUAGAGAUACCACAAGAUUUGGUUUCAAGUAGAGGCCCACAAACAAUUUUAUGUUGCUGAUGGUAAAUGUAUUGCCAUGA